GGAUGCAAUGCUUUUGCAUUUGGUUCAAUUUAUUUCUAUCUGUCACAAUCAGCUCAACUGAUUCAACCAUAUAUUUGUUUCUUAUAGGGCAUUUCGGCUAAUAAGAUAAAAUAAAGUGCAAUUAACUGAAAAUACAAGCUAAACUUUUUUAGCGUAACUACGAAUUUUGUAUAAUAAAGUAAAAAUAGAAAUAUUCAAAGUGAAAUGUCGGAAAUUGAAGCAGUCCAAAUUAUCGCGGAGUCCCUAAAAGAGCAGGGUGUGGAAUAUGUUUUCGGUAUCAUAGGAAUACCUGUUAUCGAGCUGUCAAUGGCUUUUCAAGCGGCUGGCCUCAAGUAUAUUGGCAUGCGUAACGAGCAGUCGGCGUGCUAUGCCGCUCAAGCAAUUGGUUAUUUAACUGGUAAACCUGCCGUGUGCCUUGUAGUUUCCGGGCCGGGAUUGCUUCAUGUUACCGGGGGCAUGGCAAACGCGCAAGUAAAUUGUUGGCCGUUACUGGUGAUCGCUGGUUCUACAAGCCAGGAUCACGAAGGUAUUGGCGGUUUUCAAGAAUAUCCCCAAGUUGAAAUUUCACGUCCAUACUGCAAGUAUGCUGCACGUCCGCCUACCGCUUCGCUCAUUCCACUUCACGUUGAGAAGGCUGUACGUUAUGCGACGUACGGACGACCAGGCGUUUCUUAUCUUGACUUCCCUGGAAACAUACUGCAAUCACGUGUACAGGAGGAUAAGAUCUACAAGACAUUGCCACUUUCUGCUCCACCAUUAGUAUAUCCGGCUCAUGUCGAUGUUAUACGUGCUGCCAAUUUGUUGCGCUCUGCAAAACGGCCAUUAGUUAUAAUCGGAAAAGGAGCCGCCUACGCUCACGCAGAGAAUAUAUUGCGCCAUUUUAUUGAGAACACCAACUUGCCUUUCCUGCCAACGCCGAUGGGCAAAGGUGUUGUGUCGGAUGCUGCGCCACAGUGUGUCUCGUCUGCACGUUCCUUGGCAUUGCAGCAAGCCGAUGUUGUUUUACUGCUGGGCGCACGACUGAACUGGAUUUUGCACUUUGGAAAACCGCCACGUUACAGUGCUGAUGCCAAAUUUAUUCAGGUCGACAUUUGUCCUGAAGAGCUACAUAACUCCGUUCAAGCAUCUAUUGCCAUACAAUCGGACAUUAAACCAUUUGCAGAGCAACUUUUUGAACAAAUGAAUGCAGUGAAUUUCGAAAUUCAGAGCGAAAAUCCUUGGUGGGUGGAACUCGCCAACAAAUGCAAGAGUAACCGUGAACAAGUGCGCAGCAUGGCAUUGGAUACUGCCUCACCACUAAAUUAUUACACAGUGUUUCAUCAUCUGCGUGAAUUAAUACCACGCGAUGCGAUAAUUGUUAGUGAGGGAGCCAACACCAUGGAUAUUGGACGUUCAAUGCUUUUUAAUAUUUUGCCACGUCACCGCUUAGAUGCUGGCACUUUUGGUACCAUGGGCGUUGGACCGGGCUUUGCUGUUGCGGCAGCACUUUACUGUCGCGAUCGUUUCCCUGGCAAACGUGUAAUAUGUGUGGAAGGUGACAGCGCUUUUGGGUUUUCUGGAAUGGAGUUAGAGACAAUGGUGCGCUAUAAGCUGCCUAUUACUAUUGUCAUUGUAAAUAACAAUGGUAUCUAUGGUGGUUUCGAUCAGGAAACUUUCGAUACCAUUCGAAAUUCUGGCGAUUUGUCACAAGUAACACCACCCUCAGCGUUGGGGGUGCAGGUGCGCUAUGAAGAAAUGAUGAAAAUGUUCGGGUUAAAUGGCCACUUCUGCAAGGAGAUACCGGAAUUACAGGCUGCGCUAAGAGAUGCACAAAAACUUACGGACAAACCAACAAUCAUCAAUGUGGCGAUAAAUCCGUCAUCAGAUCGCAAGCCACAGACAUUCAACUGGUUAACAGAAUCAAAAUUGUAGAUAUGUAAAAGCUGCAUUUAUGCAACUGAAUUGAGCUAAACGCUCUAUGUGACUAUAUAGUUAGCAAUUGCUUUCAUUCAGAUAUCCGUAUAUAUAUAUUUAAUAUUUAGGAGCAUUGUUACAAAAGCAGUAUUCUUCUUUUUACUGUGAAAUUGCAUUUUUGUAUUCUGUGUGUUAAAAGUAACACUUAAUUCUACAACCGUUAUUACUGCGGAGUAACAAUGCUCAAGUAUUGUAUUUUAUAUCAGUUAAAUUCUUAUUUUCUAACAUUCCAAAUGCUUUGAAACUUGCGCAUAUCAACUGCCAAGCAAUGACUCUUACGAUCUUACAGCGCACAGUGCGGCCGAUUCCCGAAAAGCUGGCCAAAACUCAAAAAAUUAAGUAAUUGAUUCAAAAUUUCUUACUCGGGGGUUGUCGGGGUCGCUGAUUACGAAUUUGAUCUUAAAAUUUUGAAAAUCCACCCCCUUCCACCCCUAUUGGCCACCCCCUCACGUGAAAUAGCGUAUAUUCUAGAACAUAAUCAAGAUGCAUGUAAAUUUAUAUGUUUUCGGGGUCGCAAGGUAGCAAGUGGUAGCAGCUGAAUCUUGUUUUAUUCAGUAACCAUUACUUUUUUGAGUAACCUUUAAUAGGUUUCAAAGCAGCAUAUCACGGCGUUGUAUUACUAUACAGUUUGAAAACUCAAAUUUUAUAAAAAAAAUUGCAAAAAAUGUAUCUACGUAUUGCUGCAGCUAAAAAUUUUGUGUCGAGGUAUUGAUAUGUACUAAAGAUUUCUCGUAUUUUACUAACCUUCCGAGGAUGAUUCCAUUUGGUUUUGUUCAAUUUACUCCAUUACAAAAUCUUUCAAAUGUGUACAACUUUCACUAUUCAUCGACAGUAAUACGAUGCUCAAACGAAGGCCACGUUGCGACUGAAAAUACAGAGGAUACUUAGGGUACAGGACGUUGCUAUGAACGGUUUUCACUACUCAAGGCAUUACUGUAGCCAACCCAAAGACAAAAAAACUCUAUCUAGAAACUUUUUUUUUCGACUUUUGGCCAGCUUUUUGGGAAUCGGCCGCACUGUGCAGCGGCCAGAGUUUAAAAAGUGUCAUUCUGAAAAUUUCGUAUUUCAUACGUUUUACGCGUUAGGGGCAUUGCUUGGUUUUCGAUAUAAUGUAAAUGUAUUUAUGCAUCCUUUAAAAUGUGUUUAAAAAUAUUAACGCUUCUAAAUUAUUUAGCAAAAUUUUUAAUAGCGCAUUAUUGAUAUGUGAACACAAUAUGGAGUGAUAGGUUUCUAAAACAGGGCUAUUAUUUUCAUUUACAAAGUAAUUUUACUCUAAAAAGAGGUUUUUGGUAAUGUAAGUGCGAUAGAAAAUUAAAUCUUAUAUAAAUUA